AUGUGUGACAAACCCAGUGUGGCCAAGAUUGAGAGAUUUGAUAAAUCAGAACUGAAAAAGACAGAAAUGCAAGAGAAAAAUCUACUGCUUUCCAAAGAAAUUAUUGAACACGUGAAGCGAGUAGGCAAAUCCUAA